ACAAAACAGCUCAAAAGUGACAACAUUACAUUACUUAGCAUAUAUUCUUAUCUGACAGCUAAAAUGAACAUAGCCGUUAAUUUCUAAUGUUCACACAUGAAGCAAUAUUUACGCACCCCUUAAGUAAGAAAAGAAUAUAUGCAUGAUCAGUUGAGGAGGAAGUUAGUGAAACUAUGAGUCGCAACAUGAACAAUUUCACGCCUUUGCCGGGGCUUUGGAGAACAGGUUCUAGAGCCUAUGAUGAUGCUCCUCACACUUCCAGCAAUACUCAUGAAUUCAAUGAAGUUCCUGUGUUUUACCGAUCUCGUCACUCUAGUAGAACCAAUGAUGACAGGAGUUUAGGUGCACAAGAUCCAUUACGGUUGUGGGAAGUCAGAAGAACUCCUACAGAACAUCAUAGAACACCAAAUUUUCCAACACAACCUCAUAGAAGACAACAAACUUAUGUUCACAAUGAAGAAAUGGGAAGAAGAGGUUUCAAUCCAACGAGACUCGGACAAAUUUUCCAGCAUUCACCUGUAAGAUCAACAUCAAUGCAUCAAACAAACACGCACGUUCCACAUGUGGUAGAAGAUUCCAAAUCAAGUAUUUUAAGUAAGUUACGGAAAGUAGUCUAUAACCCUGCGCCAACGCGUUUAGCUAGAAAAGUGAGCUUAUAUUAUAGAGGCAAUGCUUCGAAUGAUUUGAGAGAUAGUGUGAAAGAAAAGAAGGAAGAUGGUAUGAGAUGUGCUAUUUGCUUGGAAGAUUUUGAAGCUAAAGAAGAAGUGAUGCUUACUCCAUGCAACCACAUGUUUCAUGAGGAUUGUAUUGUAACUUGGUUAACAAGCAAAGGUCAGUGUCCUGUUUGUAGGUUUGUAGUUUAUGAGGAAAUGAAGGAAAAUUCAUCUUCCUUUAAUAGGAAUGAAAUUGCCAAUUGGGAACCCAAUGGCAUGAUCUCUGGAGAGCUUUUGUCAAUUUUGAGGGCCAUGGAAGAAGCUUUUCAUUUAGACCGUAUGAAUUAAUGUUUCAAAAUUAGAGGAAAGAUUUGUAGUUUCUUUGUUGGCCGAUACGCACAAUAAUUUUGAUUUAAAUCAUCCAAAUUAUGCACAAUAAUUUUGAUUUAAAUCAUCCAAAUAUCAGUUGGUAAUUUUUUA